AUGUUAUCAAAGAAUCUUGUACAAAACUUUGUAUCAAAUGGAGCUCGUUAUUUCCGUACUUCAUCUGUAUUGAUGGCUGAACCAUCAUCCAAGAAGAAGUUUGAGCGUACCAAGCCACAUGUCAACGUUGGUACCAUUGGUCACGUUGAUCACGGCAAGACCACUCUUACUGCCGCCAUCACCAAGACCUUGUCCGACAGAGGUUUGGCCAACUUCAAGUCGUACGCACAAAUCGACAAGUCACCAGAGGAACGUUCACGUGGUAUCACCAUUACUGCCUCACACAUUGAAUACGAAUCGACCAACCGUCAUUAUGCCCACAUUGAUUGCCCAGGCCAUCAACAUUACAUCAAGAAUAUGAUUACUGGUGCCGCUCAAAUGGACGGUGCUAUCCUCGUCGUCUCUGCUCCAGACGGACCACAAGAACAAACCCGUGAACACGUCAUUUUGUCACGUGAAGUCGGUAUCCCAGCCAUCGUUGUCUUCCUCAACAAGAUGGACAAUGCCGACCCAGAUCUCGUCGAAAUUGUCGAGAUGGAAGUUCGUGAACUCUUGUCCAAGUAUGGUUUCGAUGGUGAAGGAACCUCUUUUGUCAAGGGUGCCGCCGCCGUCGCCCUCGCUGAAGACGAUGCAUCUGCCACUGAAUACGGUCGUCAUGCUAUCGACAAGUUGGUCGAAAUCCUCGACACCAAGAUCCCACUUCCAAACCGUGCCAUCGACAAGCCAUUCCUCAUGCCAGUCGAAGAAGUCUUCUCCAUCUCUGGUCGUGGUACCGUCGCUACCGGACGUAUCGAACAAGGUGUCGUCAAGGUUGGUGAUGAAGUCAGCAUCAUUGGUAUCAAGCCAAUUCCAAAGGUUUCUGUUACCGGUCUCGAAAUGUUUGGCAAGAUCCUCGAUUUUGCCCAAGCUGGUGAAAACGUCGGUGUCCUCUUGCGUGGUUUGAAGCGUGAAGAUGUCGUCCGUGGUGAAGUUAUUGCCAAGCCAGGUACCAUCAAAUCUCAUACCAAGUUUGUUGCCAAGACAUAUAUCCUCACCGAUGGUGAAGGAGGCCGUAAGAAGGGUUUCGCCACCAACUAUAAGCCACAAUUUUUCAUCCGUACCUCCAACGUCACUGGUCGUAUCGAAUUGCCACCAACUACACCAAUGGCAAUGCCAGGUGACAAUUUAGAGAUCAAUGUAGAGCUAAUUUCACCAACUCCACUUAAUGAGGGCUUGAGAUUCGCGAUCAGAGAAGGCCAGCUUACAGUUGGUGCUGGAAUCAUUCACAAAGUACUAUCCGCUUAA